GACGGAUUCCUGGGAGUCUGGAUGCAGGGCGCAGGAGCAGUCGAUGCUAGUGAUCUUGCAUGCACUUUGCGUCCUGUUCACGACUCGCCAAUCACUCGCGAAUUUUCACAACAACUGGAUGAUAAAUAAUUCAAAAAAUGUGUGAAAAAUAGUUCCUCCGGUCAAUUGAAAAGUCGAUUUACAUCGGUAGGAUUUUCGUGAUGUUGGGCCAUUUACGGGAAUUUUUGUGGAGAAUUUUGGAACAAUUUGGGGAUUCAAAUUAAUGGGCACUUGAAUAGUUGGGGAAGAGUGUCAUUAGAUUAUUAACAAUGGUUCAUCCAGUGGGAGCAAUAUGAGAAGGAGUAACGAAUGCUUCGGGGUUAUUGAUGAGCUUUUGAUAUGGGUCUGGAGAGCUUCCAGACUCCAGGCCUACUAAUUCACUGCGAUUGAAAGGUAAUUCGAGUGACAAUUGGUUCAAAGAGAUUUGAAGAUUUUAAUGUGUAGGGAGUGAUUGUCAGUGGGGGGUUGGGAAUACCUGAUGCAUUUUUGGAUUAGUAAACCUGCCGGGAGAUCCCAUGUGAUUGGAGGGUGCAGGAGGGGGACGUAUCACGCCGCGGCUGCAGCGGUCACUGCAUCCUCGUUACCGGCUUCUAUACCGUUAUUGAAGACUCGAGGCCAGCUAGGAGGGAGAAGAGACUGCCUAGGUGGGGGAUCCAUGAUUUCGCCUCAUCGUCCGAAUGCCAAUUGGAUUGUCAACUCCAGCAGUGGAGAGCAACGCAGAAUUGAGCAGGUUCGAUGUCAAGGGCAUUCGAGGAGAAGUGAAGAGACCGGGAGGAACAAUCGGCGUGGCCAACAAACUAAUACAAUUUCUCAUCUUGUCACGACUUCGGCCCAACCUCGCAGGGUUAUCUCCAGCGAUCCCAACGCAAAUGGAGCUAUUUUGGAAUUUCCGGAAAUGAGAGAUGCUGAGUUGGCGGGCUAUAGACUUCGAUGCGGCGUAUGGAUCACUUUCGUCGUUGCAUCUGGUUUUGUGUCAAUUGCUAAAUUUUAUUUUGGGAAUAAAUCGGACACUGGUCCCGAUGUUUUAAUAUUCUGUGGACUUCUACUCACUCUACUGAUAUCUGGAUGUUUUUUUACAAUAACUCGACGUGCGAGAAAUGCCGAACGAAACCAGAACAAUCAUCAAGAGGUCUGCCCUCAUCACGUCUGUUAUUACGCUGUUAAUUCAGCCGAGUUAAGACCCCAGGUGCAAACACUGAGAGUCCCAAUGCCAGCUCCAACAGCUCCACCCGGAUCCCCAUCACCUCCACCCUAUCAUAUUGCUAUACUCAUUCCACAGGCUGAACCCUCAGACGUUGAGGCACCUCCACCUUCUUACGAUAAGGCCACGGGACAUGCCGGGACCACUAGUGUCUCGGAAUAGUUGUCAUGCGAUGAAAUGAUUCUGUAUUGAAGUGGUUUAACUUUGUCAAAACGUCGAGACAAGAAUAUAUAGAAAUGUCUUCUGAAAUGUUCUCUCAAAAUUAAUCUAACAUAAUCAUUCCAUAAUUCGUGUAAAAAAAUAAUUCUAUAUCACUUUUUCCACUUCAAUACAAAAUUCAGUAGGUUGACAUGAAGAAAGAUAUUUAAAUCGAAUAGAAAAUUUGUAUUUUUUUGAUUAUGUGAAGAAAUGAAUAUUUUAACGAGUGGGAAAGUGGAUGAAUAGUCAACUUUUAAUUUUCAUUUGUUUACGGAAUAUAUUUAAAGAAAUCUAUUGGGCAGUAGUUGUACUACCAAAAAUUUAUUUCCGUAGGAAGCCGCGCACUUGAUCUCAUCGACAAAAUAUAAAAGAUUAUUACGAACUUGAAGAUAAUGUUCUGAAGGCCUAAAGGGACAUAAUUCUAUCUUGAAUGCAAAUAAAUUGUAUUAUUGUAACGUUCCAUUGGAAAUUAGGUCGCAAGCAUGUGCCAAAUGAAAUAAUAUUUCGAACGUUAAAAAAUUCACAAACAAAAAUUUAUAUUUCUUACAAUUGCACAACUCUUAAGUAACAAGUAUUUAAGCCCAGCUAUUGUUUAAUCAUUUAUGUAAAUAUGAAGCAGUUGUUCAACUGAACUUUGGCAGUACAACUACCUUGAAGAUACCCUAAUAAAAAAAUCGGUAAUUACAACAUGGAAAAUUUAUUAAAUUUAUUUUAGUCUCGCAAAGGAUUAUUUCGUUGGAAAAUUCUGCUAAUUCAUUUGUUUCUACUUAAAACUGUACAAUUGAUUAAUUUUUUUUCGAACCAGGGUAUCUCAACUAAUUAAAGCAUUACAAAAGAUGUCUCAAAUCAACACUCAUACAUUAAGAAAAAAAAUGACUCAUGAAGUGAAAGAUAGCAAGUUAUUUUACCAAUAUCUCUGGGAUGAAAAUAUUUAUUGAAAAGUACGAGCAAAUUUUUUUUACAAGAUAUAGUCCGAUACAGAAAGCGAUCCAGCAUGUCAACAGUGAAUUAGCUGAUAGAAUUUAUUCAAUUCCCAUUUGCAAUUGUUCUCUGGGCACACUAAGCUAGAGAUACCACAAUAAUCUGUAUGGAAUCGUUGAACUUGUCCCUUUCACUUCACGACAUCUCGGUGCAACGAAAUAGGAAAAGCGAAAUCAUUUUUCCUCAUUCGAUAACUUAAUUUAAUUCUAUAUUUAUUUUCUCUGAUCACUGUGAUGUGAUUAAUUAUUGAAUUGCAUAAUUAAAACUGUACAGAUCCAUGUAUCAGGCGAAUAAAAUUUUUCUUCUUUUUCAUACGUA